GGUUUAGAAACUAGGUGUAUAAAUUACUCGCAAUACAGGAACAUUGUUGCGCACUUAAUCGUAAGAUGGAAUGGACCACAUAUCUUUUCUUGGUGAUUAUUUCAGCCGUUCGCGGGGAAUUCACCUCUAUCUUUCUGGUCAGAAAUUCUUCCUACGACAACAAAGCAUUUCUAGCUUCUAAAUUGAUUUCGACCUCACAUUACCGCAGUGUUUUUGACUGCGCAGCCGACUGCGCGAAGAAUCACGAGUGUAAAUCCACGACGUUCAACGCCGACACCCAUAUUUGUCAACUUCUAUCUGCUCACAAGGAGGCAAUCUCGAACACAACAACAAAGAAGACAACAGGAUGGGUUUAUUUUGAGAAGUUGAUCACUACAUAUUGCUCACAGUGGCACUAUUUCAAUGGCCAUUGGUAUUUCAUGGAUAGCACACCGAGAACAUUCAACGACUCAAGGACAUUUUGUGCCAGCAAGUCUCCAUCAGCUUACGUUAUUGAAGUCAAUUCUGCAGCUGAGAAUGGUUGGCUUGUGAACUUAACAUCCACACAAUGCCACGCAGCUAAGGGAUAUUGGCUGAAUGCUUACAACAUAAACAAUACUAAGCUGUUUACAUGGCUAGAGAGUAACACAACGGCGGUGUACAAUAACUGGGAAAACGGCGAACCAAGCCAUGUGGCGGAAACCUGCAUUGUUUCAGAUACCAUGUAUGGCGGAGAAUGGGCUGAUAUUACAUGCACAUAUCUGAGACCAGUUGUCUGCGAAAAGAAUUCUUAGUCGUAUUAUUUUAUAUUGAUGCGAUGUUUUUUCAUCUUCUUUCCAUGAUUGCUUCUCGAACAUGCGUGGAAUAUAUUCAGCAUGACCUUUUGACACUCAAAGGCUCCGCCUUCUCGUGAGAGACGAAAGGUUAUGUGAUAUAUGUCAUACAUGCCUUUGUAUCAAAUGACAAAUGUUCAAAUGUUAAGGUUAUAUAAUAUUGGUAAACGUCAAAAAAAACCGUAGUACACGUUAUUUUAGAUAAUGUGACUAUGUCAAUAAAUUUUUGAUACAAGACUAAAACAAUUGAAAUUUUUCAACAAGACGAACAUAGUCCACUACCCAAAUAAAAAACAAUGGAAUUAUGAACGACCACGUGGCAUUUACUUUUUGAAUCAAGGAAGAUUUGAAUAUUGAAUUUAAAUCUAAAGGAAGCGUUUUUACCGAUUUGUUAUUCAUAUUUUUGAGCAUUUAAUAAACUUUAAAGUUAUUUAAACUUAAAAUCUUGGUCAUUGUAAAUGAAAAUUACAGAACAGUAUAACAAAUAUACAAAGAUAUGACUGUAUAAUCGUAUAUUUACAUUUUCCAGUGUCUUUGCCUGUGAUAACACUAAGUACGUGUAUCGAUUUUGUAACAUUUAACCCAUAAUACAAAUGACGCCAAAUUGAGGCGCCAGCGAGGUUUGCUCAUUUAUAUUUAAAUACAUGUAUUUAAUCGU